CUCCAAUUAAGGAGGAUGCCCACUUAUAGACUUUCUAAAAACGUUGUGGGAAGAUCCAGAGUUGAAAUAAUUCAUCGACCACAUGAAAAGUGCCCGUCAGACAAUGUUAAGGGUUGUCAGGGAAAGCUUAUCGGUACCCCUUUUGUUACUUAUUUAAAAGAGCCAAUAUGUGGAGCCAAUGUUGAAGCCGGUGUUACUAGAUUGUUGUCACCUUUGAAGAGAACGCGUCCUUCAGUUAAGCUCCAGAAUGGUAAGGAAAAUGGAUUUGAAAAAGAGGUUAUUGAAGAACCAUCAAACAGCUACAAUUCUAAGAACCUGUCAAUGGAUGAUGCAGAAGUAGAGGAAAAAUCCAGCGAAGCGUUAUUUCUGUGUUGAAAGUAGUAAAUUUUAGACUCCUUGAAUACUUAAAGAAUAUUUUGUUGUUGAUGACAAUGUUGCAUGUUUUAAAUUAAAUUGUGGAUUGUUAAUUCAAUGUAGAAUGUUUUUAUUUUUUGUUAUUUGAAAAUCAAGUUCAU